UCUUCUCAUUUCAGUCCCUCAUCUAACUGUAAUAUAAUUAUAUAUAUAAAGGAGUCACACAAUACCUUCAGAUUCACUAUACCUCAAAGCACAACAAGUCAAGCUUGAAGUUGACUUAGCGCGUCAUCGAUUGAAAGAGAGAGAGAGAGAGAGAUGAACAACGCCGGCGGCCAAUAUCCAGAUUUUCCGGCGGUGCAGACGCACGGAGGACAGUUCAUAAGCUACGAUAUCUUCGGUAGUUUAUUCGAGGUCACAUCCAAGUACCGUCCUCCGAUUGUUCCAAUCGGUCGGGGCGCAUACGGCAUCGUUUGCUCUGUGUUGGAUUCGGAGACGAACGAGCUUGUGGCGAUGAAGAAGAUAGCCAACGCCUUUGAUAAUCACAUGGACGCCAAGCGUACACUUCGCGAGAUCAAGCUUCUUCGUCAUCUCGAUCAUGAAAACAUCAUAGCUAUAAGAGAUGUGGUUCCUCCACCACUUAGAAGAGAGUUCAGUGAUGUUUAUAUCGCCACUGAGUUAAUGGACACUGAUCUUCAUCAAAUCAUCAGAUCCAACCAGGGCUUGUCUGAGGAACACUGUCAGUACUUCCUGUACCAGCUUCUUCGAGGGCUCAAGUACAUCCACUCGGCUAAAGUUAUCCACAGGGAUCUAAAGCCUAGCAAUCUUCUCCUGAACGCCAACUGCGAUUUAAAGAUCUGUGAUUUUGGUCUUGCUAGACCCACUUCAGAGAACGAGUUUAUGACUGAGUAUGUUGUUACCAGAUGGUAUAGAGCACCUGAGCUUCUGCUCAACUCAUCUGAUUACACAGCUGCUAUAGAUGUUUGGUCUGUUGGUUGUAUCUUUAUGGAGCUCAUGAACAGAAAGCCUUUGUUCCCUGGUAAAGACCAUGUCCAUCAGAUGCGCUUAUUGACAGAGUUGCUUGGCACGCCGACAGAAUCAGAUCUCGGGUUUACACACAACGAGGAUGCCAAAAGAUACAUCCGGCAGCUUCCCAACUUCCCUCGCCAACCGUUAGCUAAACUGUUCUCUCAUGUUAACUCAUUGGCCAUUGAUCUAGUUGACAGAAUGUUGACGUUUGACCCCAACAAAAGAAUCACUGUUGAAGAAGCUCUGAAUCACCCGUACCUAGCCAAGUUGCACGACCCGAAUGAUGAGCCAAUCUGUCUAAAGCCAUUCUCUUUCGACUUUGAACAACAACCUCUAGACGAGGAACAGAUAAAAGAGAUGAUCUACAGGGAAGCCAUUGCACUCAAUCCAACAUAUGCUUAGAAGAGCAGCAACCGAAUGAAUGGCCAAAUAUCCUGCCCUCUAGCAUCUUUGCUUGUUCUUUUAUUCAUGUACCUUUUUUCCAUGUGUAAUCCUAUUUGUUUGUUUAACAUUGUAUUACUGCUAGUGAGUGAGUGCAUGUAGCUCUCAUGUAAAAGUACUCCAGCUAUGAAAUAUUUACUUCACA